AUGGAUUAUUACUACUAUAAUCACUCCUGGCCUGAAGAUCCAGGGUAUCUAUUCCCAGUGCCAGUCCUCACAGGGAUAACUGUUACUUGCAUAUUCCUGUUCACCAUCGGGAUAUUUGGGAACAUCAUGACUAUGUUGGUGGUAUCCAAGUACAAAGAUAUGAGGACUACAACCAAUCUAUAUUUGUCUAGUAUGGCUUUUUCAGACCUGCUCAUCUUUGUGUGCAUGCCACUUGACCUGUACAGACUAUGGCAGUAUCGACCCUGGAAUUUUGGAAGCCUCUUGUGUAAACUCUUCCAGUUUAUCAGUGAAAGUUGCACUUACUCCACGAUCCUCAAUAUCACUGCCCUUAGUGUGGAGAGGUAUUUUGCCAUCUGUUUUCCUCUGAAAGCCAAGGUGGUCAUCACUAAGGGCAGGGUAAAGCUGGUCAUCUUUGUGCUGUGGGCAGUGUCUUUUGUCAGUGCUGGACCCAUCUUUGUCUUGGUUGGGGUUGAACAUGAGAAUGGUACCAAUCCCCUUGAGACAAAUGAAUGUAAAGCUACAGAGUAUGCUGUGAAGUCUGGUCUGCUCACUAUCAUGGUCUGGACAUCCAGUGUCUUCUUCUUCCUACCAGUCUUCUGCCUCACGGUUCUUUACAGUCUUAUUGGAAGAAAACUGUGGAGGAGGAAGCGGGAUACUAUAGGACCAAGUGCCUCCCACAGGGACAAGAAUAACAAACAGACUGUAAAAAUGCUGGCUGUCGUGGUAUUUGCCUUCAUCCUGUGUUGGUUGCCCUUCCACGUGGCACGCUACUUGUUUUCCAAGUCUUUUGAAGCUGGAUCCUUGGAAAUCGCUCUGAUAAGUCAAUACUGUAACUUGGUUUCUUUGUGCUUUUCUACCUGA